AUGGCUCCCUCUGACCAACCUCGCUACUCUCUUAUCCCUUCCUUCCUUUACUCACCAAAAACAUUGCUCAACAAUGUGUCCUCGCAUUCUUCUUCAUCAUCAUCACCACCACCAUUCUCAGGCUCAGAGGGUAGGAAUAGUAAUAAUAAUUUUAUGAUCCCUGCACCAAAAGAGAGUAUUCCAUUGUAUUCUCCUGCUUACUACGCCGCAUGCAGCUUUGGUGGCGUCUUCAGCUGUGGUCUCACUCACAUGACCGUCACUCCUCUCGAUCUCGUCAAGUGCAACAUGCAGAUUGACCCAGUAAAGUACAAGAACAUAUCAUCAGGAUUCGGAGUUCUGAUGAAGGAGCAAGGAAUGAGAGGGUUCUUCAGGGGUUGGGUCCCAACACUGCUUGGGUACAGUGCUCAGGGAGCAUGCAAGUUUGGAUUCUAUGAAUUCUUCAAGAAAUACUACUCAGAUCUUGCAGGCCCAGAGAAUGCAGCCAAGUACAAAACCUUCAUAUUUCUAGCAGGAUCAGCCUCUGCUGAAGUCAUUGCUGAUAUUGCACUGUGCCCCAUGGAGGCUGUCAAAGUUCGUGUGCAAACCCAACCUGGCUUUGCGAGAGGUUUGUCAGAUGGAUUACCCAAGUUCAUUAAGGCUGAGGGUGCUGGAGGGUUGUAUAAAGGACUUGUUCCACUCUGGGGCCGCCAGAUUCCAUACACAAUGAUGAAAUUUGCUUCGUUUGAGACUGUUGUGGAGAUGCUGUACAAGAAUGUCGUCCCAACACCGAAAGAUCAGUGCAGCAAAGGAUUGCAGCUUGGAGUGAGUUUUGCAGCUGGAUACAUUGCUGGCGUGCUCUGUGCUAUUGUCUCACACCCUGCAGACAAUCUUGUUUCCUUCCUGAACAAUGCCAAGGGAGCCACUGUUGGUGAUGCUGUGAAGAAGAUAGGGCUAGUUGGUCUUUUCACACGUGGACUUCCUCUUCGUAUAGUUAUGAUUGGAACACUAACAGGAGCUCAGUGGGGACUCUAUGAUUCCUUCAAAGUAUUUGUAGGGCUGCCUACCACUGGUGGAGGUGCACCUAAAGCUGCCAAGUAG